GCAGGAGCCCACUCAGCCUCGUGUCUGUCCACCCCAUGUCUCUGGGGGGUUUGGUGACAGUACUCCGUACCUUGUUUGUUGUGCCCAUAUCCCCAGUGCCUGUCGGCUAGGAGCAAAUCUGUUGGCCUAUUGGAUACCCAGUGGUGCCAAAGGUAAUCUCCCAUACUAUUAUAUGCCUUGACGCCCUCUCAGACCUCUCUGUUUGCUUUUCUGUUGGUUUGUUAUCCUUGAAUACUCCCUCUCGUUUGACAUACAUAUCAUCGCUCGCUACAGUCACUCGCUUGAUCCCCCUCUCGCUCUCACCAGUCAACCUCUAUUUUCGAGCCUUUUUUACGUCUCCCUCGUAGACGUCUUAUCAUCAACCCCGCAAGGAAACAGAAUCACGAUCCUCAAGAUGAGAUCCAGUGCUGCUCUGGUCUUGCUGGCCGGCUUAGCCGCCGCUUACCCAGGCGAAGUCCUGCGCAAACGAGCCCUCAAGCCGCGUGAAGGCUGUCCCGCCGAGCUGACCGCCGGCCAGUUCGAAUUCCCCCACUACAUCACGCAGAUCUCAAAGUCUCAGCCCGACAAGGCUUUCGGGCCCCAAUUCAACGGCGUCUUUACGCCCAACGAUAUCUCUUCCAUCUUCAGCUUCGAUGUCCCCGCCUCUCGUGCCGACGCCAAUUGCACGCUCGAAUUCAUCUUCCCGCUCAAAUCGCAACUCAAGACCUCCAACUUCGACUACGAAGGUGGUGGCUCGUUCUUCUUCACCGGGUACAACCCCGGCAGCUGCCCGGGACCCGAGACGACGUACAACAACCAGCCUGCUCCAGGACCUUUCCCGCCGUUCCCCCCGAUCCACAUGGAGCCUGGAAAUGCCUACACCAUUGACGUUGGCCCUUGCUUCGUGGGCGCGGGAACUUGCGUUGCUGGUAUGACCUCGACAAACGAUACCAACUUCUGGUUCUUCCAGGACCAGGACGAGUGCCCCAUCGGUAUCUACACCGCAUACUCGUACGGUCUUCCGCCGAUGGCCAACCCGCCUGCAUAAACGGGCGCUCUGUUUCGCCUGGGCGAGUUGGAAGGCACAGACGUCGGGUGCUGGAUGAAAUCGGAACACCAUGAAAUUCUCCGCUGCAGUGGUACAGGUACCACGUGGAACAGCCGCAUUCGGGGGUUGGGACAAACAUCAUUAAUACCAAGAGGAACCAGGGCUCUUUUUGGGGGUACGGAAAAGAAAAGAGGAAACGUUCGCUGGCGACUUUUGUUACGACAAACUAACCAUCUCCCUUUCCCACGUGGCUCUGGCUUGUGGCCACAGAUACGCAAAGCAACAGCAGGGGACCAUCACGCGCAAUUAGCAUUACCGUAAUGACUGCCUUGUGAACACCACAAGGACAUCGACAAAGUUAAAAAAAAAUACUCUCUCAUACACGCUCUAUUUCGAAUGUCUCUUGGUUGGUUCCCGUGCGCUCUGCUUCGCACAACAGGACCCAGUCUUUCAGUGUACAUACGCAUGCCUCCUCGAGACCGUUUACCUUUUUGUUUCCGUCGGCUUUGGCUUGGUCGUGUUGCCUGCUUCGUUGCGUACAUUUUGGUUAUUGGAGGGGGAUAUACCCAGGUUUUGAAGGCGGCGCGUGAUUCCUCGUACUGCUAGAAGUCUAACUAGCUUAAUAGAUUUUUGACGUUUCCCAUCCAAGACUCAUAUGGACGUAGCCACAGAUGGUCCACUACCCAGAUGAGUAGAUAGCAGUAUGGGCAAGCACGGGAAUGAGAGAGCAAAGCGGACGAGAAGAGAGGAAUGAUGCAGUCGCACCGACAUCUCCAUCACCCAUCUCCUCGUUACCCUGUACCACCUGCACCGACCCCGUCGACCUCAAUGGAUGUAAAGUAGUGCAUCGGAUGCUGAUCCC